UGUGGCAAAGCUUUUAACCAGUUCUCAACCCUUACUAUACAUAAGAAAAUUCAUCCUAGCGAGAAACCCAACAAAUGUGAAGAAUGUGGCAAAGCCUUUAAGUACUCCUCUACCCUCACUACAUAUAAGAGAAUUUAUACUGGAGAGAAACCAUACAAGUGUGAUAAAUGUGGCAAAUCUUUUAUUGCAUCCUCAACCCUUAGUAAACAUGAGAUCAUUCAUACAGGAAAGAAACCCUACAAAUGUGAAAAAUGUGGCAAAGCCUUCAACUGAUCCUCAAUCCUUACUACACAUAAGAAAAUUCAUACUGGAGACAAACCCUACAAAUGUGAAGAAUGUGGCAAAGGUUUUCACCUAUCCUCACACCUUACUACACAUAAGAUACUUUAUACUGAAGAGCAACCCUAUAGAUGUAGAGAAUGUGGCAAAACUUUUAACCAUUCCACAACCCUUUUUUCACAUAAGAAAAUUUGUUCUGGAGAGAAACCAUACAAGUGUGAUAAAUGUGGCAAAACCUUUAUUUCAUCCUCAAACCUUAGUAGGCACAAAGUAAUUCAUACUGGAGAGAAACCCUACAAAUGUGAAGAAUGUGGCAAAGCCUUCAACCGGUCCUCACACCUUAGUAGACAUAAGAUAAUUCACACUGGAGAGAAACUCUACAAGUGUGAAGAAUGUGGUAAAACCUUUACCUGGUCCUUAAGCCUUAGUAAACAUAAGAAAACUCAUAUUGGAGAGAAACCCUACAAAUGUGAAGAACAUGGCAAAGCUUUUAACCGGUCCUCAGACCUUAAUAAACAUAAGAGAAUUCAUAUUGGACAGAAAAUCUACAAAUGUGAAGAAUGUGGCAAAGCCUUUAAGUACUCCUCUACCCUCACUACAUAUAAGAGAAUUUAUACUGGAGAGAAACCAUACAAGUGUGAUAAAUGUGGCAAAUCUUUUAUUGCAUCCUCAACCCUUAGUAAACAUGAGAUCAUUCAUACAGGAAAGAAACCCUACAAAUGUGAAAAAUGUGGCAAAGCCUUCAACUGAUCCUCAAUCCUUACUACACAUAAGAAAAUUCAUACUGGAGACAAACCCUACAAAUGUGAAGAAUGUGGCAAAGGUUUUCACCUAUCCUCACACCUUACUACACAUAAGAUACUUUAUACUGAAGAGCAACCCUAUAGAUGUAGAGAAUGUGGCAAAACUUUUAACCAUUCCACAACCCUUUUUUCACAUAAGAAAAUUUGUUCUGGAGAGAAACCAUACAAGUGUGAUAAAUGUGGCAAAACCUUUAUUUCAUCCUCAAACCUUAGUAGGCACAAAGUAAUUCAUACUGGAGAGAAACCCUACAAAUGUGAAGAAU